AAUAAUAUCCGGGGGCACUCGGGUGAUGUUUCUUAACUUCAGACUUCAGGCUUCAUCGCGCAAACACAUGCAUGCAAGGUGGUUCCUCAUAUCGCAUCCUUUUGUGACAGGCAUUACUGUUUUAGAAAUCGUUUAAAAACGGCCUAUGGCGUCUUUUGAUCUUCUCUCUAUCGAUCCAACAAGGAUAUAUGAUGCAGAUUAUCUCGGCAUUAAAGUUAAGCCAAAGAAAAAGAAAUUUGAUUCGAGCAAGGACUUUGAUCUUGACAAAUUUGAAGCUGAUAUGGGUUGGAAGUCUUCAAAAGUGAUUUUUGAACCAACAGAAGAACUAAUGCAAAUAAGAAAAGAAGUAAAUCCAUUGGAUGAGAUUAUGAAAAAGAGCGUUAUCACUCCUGAUUUUGAAAAAUUGCAUGUUGUACCGCCAUAUGAGUUGAGCAAACAUCGAUUGGAAGUACGCAAACAACGCGAAAAACGAAAGAUGGGUACAGGUGCAGGAUGGUUUAACAUGAGAGCACCUAAAAUAACGCCAGAGAUUAGACAUGAUCUUGAAGUAUUACGAAUGAGAUCCGCAUUAGAUCCUAAACACUUUUACAAGAAGAACGAUAUGAAAGCUUUGCCAAAACAUUUCCACAUUGGUAAAGUUGUCGAUUCUCCAAUUGACUUCUAUUCUUCGCGUCUUACAAAGAAGGAGCGCAAGAAAACGAUCGUUGAUGAACUCAUGGCUGAUGCAGAGUUCACAAAAUACAAUAAGCGUAAAUAUAAAGAAAUUAUUGAAGAGAAGAAAAAAACACAUUAUAAGGCACACAAACACGCAAAAAGACUUAAAGGAAAAAGAAAGUAAUUUAUGA